AUGAUUUUCAAUUGGGACUUGGUCAUUUUCUCAAACGAUAGAGACUCGCUGCAGAUUGAACAUCGGAAAACAACAGCAGACGUCGAAGCUCUUUUUGAUUCUUUCAGCGGAGGUUUGGCACCGUCCCGGUUGCUCCCGGGUGGACAGCUCUUUGCCGCGGAAGAAGAACUCGUCGACGUGAUUUUGAAAAGUUCUGCUUGCGACAGGGAUCUUCUCUGGUGCCAAAUUCAGAGCCACAGGAGCAACGAUCUGGAUGCGCGCUUCAUCCAGCUUGUCCUCCUCGCGAUGAACGACGACAACUUUAUUGAUGGAGUGAAAGGAUUCUGGUGCAAAUCCGGAGAGGAUGACUUUGACAGCCUCGCGAUUUUAGUUCAGAAGGCGUCGCAGGAAAAUCAAAUUGAGCGGAUUCAACGAAUCUACAAUUCACUAGAACUCUCCGACAACGAGCGAAUCUUCUUCAGGACAAAUAGAAACUUCAUCGAAGCGCACAAUUGGGAUCAGUUUCGCAAGCCGGAAGAGGAAUUGCCUCAAUUCUUCGUCCCUCCGGAUAACAUUUCUGAUCACUUGUCUGAUGACGAUCCUUUUAUUCGUGAAUCUGAAUCGACGAAAUUUCGAUAUCUGCGGGCAGCAUUUGAUGACUCGAGUCUGAAUCCAGGGGAAGUACCAGAGCUCGUUGCGGAAGCAAACUGCUGCUACGAUUCAAAAGAUUUCAAGCGCUUCCAAGACGAGUUGAAGUUUUCGUGUUGUUUUCACGAAGCAGGUUUCAUCAUAAAAGAAGUCGGCGAUGACGGAAUCAUGGUCGAUGGAAGCAUCAUUCCGCCGCUCGUUUAUUCGAAUUAUUUCCAGAAGAUGCAAGCGUGCAAGGUUCAGAAAUCAGAAACGAUGCUGAUUGACAAGUCGAUUUCGACUCUGUGGGUGCGGCUGGUGCAAGAGUUUACCGAGGAGGAUAAAUUUCCGGAAUGCAGCGGCAUUGGAUUCAUGAGAAACUCGUCUUCCUUUGCCUUUGUUUUUUGCUUCAAGGACGAAUAUUCCACUGGAAAUCACCGACGAGAUCAAUUCGACUUCCAAUAUUUCGGAAAAUAUCUUCUCGAGCACGAGCUGAUGCGAUUCAAGCCAAUCCGACGGCUGAAUGGGGAUUACGAGAAAAUCAUGAGAUACAUGAACUUUCAGGACUCAACUGCGGGCGUCUUGUACGAAGUCAAAGACCCAGAAAUCAUCGCGUAUGAAAAAGAGAACCAAGGUCUAAAAGUGGCUCUCAGAGAGGCGAAUGAAUCAGUUCAGGAAAGGCAAAUUUCAGAGCUUUUCGCCACACGACAAGACGAGCACGAAAACAAAAACACUUUCUUGAUGACGAUGCUCCAAAAACAAGAAGACGACCUCAAAAAGCAAGAUGACACGAUGGCCGAGAUUCUCAACAAUCUAGCGGAGAAGGAGUCUGUUAUCAACGAGCUAGAAUCGAAAAUUCGAAACUUGGAGAAUCUGACGCCCAAAUCCAUGCCAGACGUUGAGUUGUCACCGAGGCCGCCAGUUCCGCCAAAGAGGUCUCGCUCAGUUUGCUCCAACAUUUCCUCGGGAAGGACAGUUGUCACAAAGAGUUUACCAGCAACGCCAGAACCAGCUCUGGUGACGUCUCCUCACUUUCCUGGCAAAGUAGCGCCUCCCGAAAUCAACUUCGAAGAAGUGCAAGACUUGAUCAACACGCUCGAGUCCAAAAACGACAAAUAUCUGGACGACAAUCGCCUUCUAACGAAAAACAUCAUCACCAAAUCUUCAAUUAUUUCAAAACUCGAGGAGCAGGUCGAAUUGAUGAAGCUUCAAAAUCGCACGCUCGUCGAGAAAAACGUCGAACUGGCGAGACUGCAGAAGCUGGAGGAGCAGAAGAAACAGCGCCCGGAUCAGAAGAUGGCGCAAAAAGUCAAAACGCUGGAAGAAGAGCUCGAAAGCGAAAGAGCCACGCUCGAAGCGAUAAAAGAAAAGUCCGAAAAGUCGCGCAACGAGAUCAUUCAACUCAACAAAGGAAUCAGCCGCAAAAUCGAGCAAGUGCGAAAACUGAGCUCCGAAGUCACCCAACUCAAAAACGAGCGAGAAACUUUCGACGAGAAGCAGCGAAAACUGCACGUUAAAAUUGACGAGCUUGAGCGCGAAAAACUCGAACUCCAGGAGCAAAACAAAAAGCUCGUUUCCUCGCAGAGCAUUUUGCUUGAGCUGGGGAAAAUCAACGAGGAGCAGAAUGAGCUGAAUGCGCGGCGGAGAUCGUUGUGGUCGGAUUUUUGCGAAGCGAGCGGGAAAGAAGUUCCACUGCCGGCUGUUACAGAAAGAGUGCAGAAACCGGCGGAAAGGGCCAAUCAAGAAGACUCGAGCUUAGAAGACCCAAACGAGGCUUUGACAAUCGAGCUGCAGGCGCUGCGGGAAAGGUUAAAAGCCCUCGAGGAGGCGAACUCGUGUCCAAUUUGUCAGGAACAGUUCGACUCGGAAGAAGCCAGAAGAUGUGGAAUCUCCUUGUGUGGCCACCAGUUCUGCGUAAAAUGUCUGCUCGAUUUGCUCAAAGAUUCGAAAAAGUCGCACUGUCCUUCCUGCCGCGUUUCUUUCCACUCGAACAAUAUCAUCUAUCUUUUCUGA